GCAGCAGCGGCCGCCACUCCCUCCCUCCCUCUGCUCCAAGCAUGGCAGCAACCGACGGCACUCCUUCCUCCUCACCGAGUGCAGCAGCCGCCGUGGCCGCUCCCUCCCUCGGCGCACGGCCACCGCCACUCCCACCGCCACGCACGGCCGCAGCCGCCGCUCCCUUCACGCACAGCCGCUGCCGCUACUGCUCCCUCCACCCCGGCCAGCCGCCACUCGUUCCCUCGGCGCACGGCCACCGCCACUCCCACCGCCACGCACGGCCGCAGCCGCCGCUCCCUUCACGCACAGCCGCUGCCGCUACUGCUCCCUCCACCCCGGCCAGCCGCCACUCGUUCCCUCGGCGCACGGCCGCCGCCACUCCCUCCUCCACGCACGGCCGCAGCUGCCGCUCCCUCCGCGCACAGCCGCUCCCGCCACUGCUCCCCUUACCCCAGCCAGCCGGUCGUCUCUGCUGCCACCGCACCCUCCACCCUAGCCGCUCCCUCCACCCCAGCCGAGCGGUCACAGCUCCCACCGCCGCUUCUUCCGCUACCGCCGCUGGUCCUUUCCUCUCUACGUGCGGCCACCCCCACCGGAAAAAAAUUCUGUGCGGCAGGGCCGCAUCCCGCACCUCUUGAGGCCCUACCUCAGAUUUGCGCCACGUCAAAAAGAACGGAUCUUAAUGCAGCUUCUUCCCCACGCAGUUCUGAUGCUCUCGAUCGUCGUCUUUUAUCCUCUCUCCCCCUUUGUUGUCCGUACUCCGUCGGAAUACAUGGCUGCUGAUCUGUGGUCACAACAAGGAACUCGGGCAUAGUCGUGGAUUCAGUGGCUUAAAACGAAGACUAAUUUGCUAGUUGAACUGAACUCCAUUUUUUUUUUAUCUCGUUAGCAUGAUAGCAUCCAGCGGUGAACUGGAAAUAGCAAGGAUGAUUUAAUGGUUAAAAUUUAGAACUUUCUUGGUAAUAUACUUGUUCGAUUGAGGCACAAAGCCUCCAAUUUCAUCUCCGACAAGCAGAUGUGUGCAGCAGAAGGUGCUAGGGUAGAAUUAAUCGUGACUUGUACUACCCAAUGCGAUUUCUGAUAAUAAGGAUUAUAAGAAAUUGGAAGACGAGCUCAGACGGGCAUGGAGAAGGAAAGAAGUCCUUGUUAUGUGAAAGAACCCGUCGGAAUCCAGGCCUCCAAGUGAGAUACGUGGGAUCGCAGCCAUGGAUUUGGGUGGCGAUGGCCUUCCGCUGAGGAAGGGGAUGGGAAUGGGGAAAGCUGCUUUAAGAUCCGUUCUAUUUGACGUGGCGCGAAUCUGAGGCAGGGCCUCAAGAGACGAGGGAUGUGGCCCUGCCGCAUAGAAUUUUUUUCCGAGGGGGUCGGCAUAGCGGUGUUUAGUGUUGGGGGUAUUUUGGUCACUAUGGUGUUGUAAUUUUUUUUUAAAUGAAGUUCUAAUGGUGGAGUAAAAACAGGUUCAGACGGCAACUUUGAUUUUAAAAAAAUAGGGUCAAAUAAACAAACCGAAAAAAUAAGGUCAACUUAAUAGUUAAGCUCAGAACAGAGUGAAAUAAGCUGGCUGUGACUCGGCGGCAACUAGCUCGCCGGCCUCUUCUUCCAGCGGUCACCGUGGUCUAAUCCUCCUCCUCCGCGGCAGCGGCGGGGUUCCCUCUCCUUUCAGCGCCCAAGAUGGUUUCGUCCACGGUGACAUUGGAGAAGACGACCACAAUCCGUAGCGACGACGUUGUCGCCGCUGGCAUCGAUGCGGCCAUGGACAGAGCAACGACGUGAAAAUCUUCUCUCCUGAGGGAAGGAAGUGCGGCGAGGGUGGCGCUGCGAUCGCAACUUGGCGACAUCCAAGAAGAUGGCCAACAACACCGGCCAGCAACCCGGCCAAUGGUAUUUGAUGAUGAUGAUGAGCUAUGGCAGCAACGGGGCGGCCGCGGCGGUGCAGUCUCUGCGCAACGUGUCCGUCGAAUCGGAGCUCGCGGGGUCGGGGGGCCACCAGGUCGCUCGUUGCCCGGAGCGGUGGAUGCAGAGCAAGUUCGACCUCGCCGGCCAAAGCCACCAGCUGAUCCACGUGCUCGUCAUCGCCGACGCCUACACACACUACCUCGCCACCUCAACAAGAGGGACAGGGCACUGGGCAAACGGGCACACGGCGACGGUUCCGACGAGCUUGAGCGGGGAAGGGUGGUGGGGCAGCUGCGACUCGGCGGCAACCGGCUCGCCGGCCUCCUCUUCCCCCUCUCCCGCCGGCACAGCCGGCCACCGUGGCCUCCUCCUCCUCCGCGGGGCGGCGGCGGCGUGCGGUGUCGAGCUCCCGUCCACGUGCGGCUGCGACUCGGCGGGCAGCGGAGCCAAGCGGAGGACGCCAGCCUCGUCGUCGUCGUCUUCCGGCGCACAGCAGCACGAAGCCGGCGGGGCGGGGCGGAGCGGGGGGCGGGCGGGCGGACAGCGGCGAGAAGCCGACAGGACGAAGUGGGGCUGCGGUGGGCGGACGCGCGGGCGGAGUCUUCUUGAGGUCGUCGUCCUCGGCGCCACCGACCGCCGUCACCGUGGCCAGAGAGGGGAGAUGGGAAGAUGGGGAGAGGGGAGAAAGAAGAGGUGGGGGUGAGAAUGACAUGUGGGGCCCACGUGGUUUUUAUCACUAUUAGAGGAAUGAGUGUGAUAUCUGGAUAACCUUUCUGAAACUGGCAGCAUAAUGUAAAAACUCCAAUACAGGGAAAAGGAUGGAGUUUUAUCAUUGACACAGUUAACGUUUAGGCGCGCCGCCAAAUCAUGAGUAUGUUAUGUGCAACUCGCACUGGUAUCCGGAGACAAGCCACCGCAGUGGAGGUAGAUGUCUCGGAAUGAACACCUGGGAGGGACGCCAUCAGGGUGAACACAUGUUGGUUUGUCCUAGGCUUAGCAGGCUAGUUAGGACAUCCUCUAAUGUUGUAGAGACGAGAGACGACGGGCAAUUGGGAAUUUGAGGAUAAUAGAAAUUAGGAUAGGUACCAAGAAGGAGGGAGAUGUAGAAUAUAGAGGGUUUGGCCGUUUGGGUAAUAAAUUAAUUUUGACCAUUAAUUGGUUGUUGUUUCAAUCCUUUUCCUCAAGCCAACGUUGGCGAGCUGCCAUUGUUCGCCUACAUCCAUCCGCUGCCUCCUAACCAGUCCGUUUG